UUGUUUGUGUGUGAGCCGCUGUGCUGUGUGGGUGGGAUCUCGCUCACUUUGCUGCUGGCACUGGAGUGGAGCAACAGUCAGAAAAGUAGUUUGGUGCUUCAGGACUUUGUUUAGUCGUCGCUGUCAUGGAGUCACCGAAGAAAAGUCACCAUUUUGGAUCACUGUUAAGCUGCGUCUUCGUUUUGUGUGUUCAGCUGAAGUUAGGCUUGACAGGAGAUUGCCCUGCAGAUGGACGCACCUGGGUUCCUUUUCAAGACAGAUGUUACCACUUUGUCCACGGACAAGAAGACAAAAUCAAAAGCUAUACUUUUGACAGAGCAAAAACCCUCUGCCAAGGCUUUGAGCUUUUGACCAUACAGAGCGCAGAGGAGAACAACUUUGUCAUUAAAUAUAGCCCAGAGGUGUGGAAAGACAACAUCAAUGUGUGGCUGGGAAUGUAUUAUGACACAAACAGUGAAGACAUGAGGUGGUUUGGCGACGACCCUGUGAGAUUCACUAACUGGGAGGACAGCUCAUCUCCAUCAGACCUCGUGCUCUUGGACACAUGUGUGGCUCUGCACAGCAACACAGGAAAGUGGGAAAAUGUCAGCUGUCUGGAUGAAGUGGAGAACGGAGUGAUCUGUGAGACAGCUCAGAAGGCAGAGGAAGCCAAGCAGAGACCCAGUGCACUGCUGUCCGCCCUGGUCAUUCUCAGCGUGGUGGCUAUCAUGGGAAUCUCAGCAGUAAUUUGGUUCCUGCACCAGAAGCACAAUAUUGGCUCCACUAUCCUCACAGCGUUUGAGUACCACCCUCCGUUCCGAGUGCUGGACACGGACCAGUCCUGUCUGGUGGAGGCUGAGGAGACUGACAGCGUGCCGUAGGAGAAACCUUCUCUCUCUCUCACACAGUAGGAAGCAAUAGGCCCUUAUCACUGGGUGGGUGUUCAUGCAAAGAGAAGUCCACUCUUUCACACAUUUACAGAAGCAGUUCUUGGGUUUAACACACAUCAAUCUCAUGACUCAGAAUAAUGUAGUAUGAUUGUGGGAAAACUGACCAUGCUUAUUCUGAUACUAACCUCUUCACUGUGGCUCAUAAUUGUCUCACUACUUCUGUUUUGUUUUCUGCACUAACAAAGACUCACUCGAAUCGUCUGUAAAUUUCUCAGAUGGGUGCAUUUUCAUCAACAUGUAUAGCCUGGUGUACAUAUCACCUGGCACUGGAUGUAAUGUCAGGUUAUUAUCAGGCGUUACAGAUGGCCUGGAUAACUUUUGGGAUCAUUGUUUUUUCUUUCAAGAAAGGAUCAUACCAUUGUUUUUUAAAAGAGAAACAGAUUAAUGUAAGAUCCAAGUGUUCAGACUUUUUGUGAGGUGACAGAAAUUUUUGUAUUAACAUAAAGUUUGGAGAUUUACAAUAAAAUUGUAAAAAUCAAUGCAGCAAAUGCUGAGAUAUCCUGGAUGAAGCCUCAGAAAUGCUGCACUCUACUGUACAUUCUCACUAAUGCAACGAAGUGCAUGUUUUUGUUCGACCCUCCCUGCCUUGGAAAGGCUUAUAACCCAGGCUCUCUGUUAUAAAUUUGUCAUCUU